GAACAUAUGGCAACUCCGCCAGCUGCUUGAUAAAACGAGUUGGAUUUGUUUUGUUUUUAAAAGUUUGUAAAAUUUAGGUAUUUGCAUUAACAACCACAUUUAUCUCUAAGUCCAACAACUACAGUGACCAACGCAGUCUGUAUCAAAUAUAUUGGAAUUCUAGACGAUCGGAAUAAAUCGGCAAAAUGGGAAAGCGACAGCAUCAGAAGGAUAAAAUGUACUUAACGUACACGGAGUGGGGUGAAUUGUAUGGGGGCAAAAAAGUGGAAUCUCUAGAGAACGACCAUGUGAAAUUCAAACGUCUUCCCUACGAGCAUUGCAGCAUUACUCUGGCCCCCUAUGAGGUGCCCUAUUGUGAUCUGCAGGGCAAUGUAUUUGAAUAUGAAGCUGUAUUAAAAUUCCUCAAGACAUUCAAAGUGAAUCCCAUAACGGGACAGAAGAUGGACGCGAAAACAUUGGUUAAGCUAAAUUUCCACAAAAAUGCCAAUGAUGAAUAUCAUUGCCCGGCCCUAUUUAAGCCCUUCACAAAGAAUUCUCAUAUUGUUGCGGUGGCUCCGACUGGCAAUGUCUACUGCUGGGAAGCCAUCGAUCAGUUGAAUAUCAAGACAAAGAACUGGAAAGAUUUGAUAGAUGACACACCAUUCCAACGCAAGGAUAUUAUUACCAUACAAGAUCCACAAAAAUUAGAAAAGUUUGAUAUAUCGACAUUUCAUCAUAUACGAAAAAACCUGCGUGUUCUGACUGAAGAGGAGGAAUUGGAGCGCAAGGAUCCAUCAAGUACAAGGAUCAAGACCAUGAAUUUGGAGACUAAAGAAACUUUGGCCCAAUUGAAGAAAGAUUAUCAGCCAGCCGAGGAGAAGGCGAGCACUUCUAGGCCUGUAGCUGAUAAAUUUAAUGCUGCCCAUUAUUCCACCGGUGAAGUGGCGGCCAGUUUUACAUCGACAGCCAUGAUGCCAGUUUUGCAGAGUGAGGCGGCCAUUGUGGACGAUGAUCUGGUCAAGUAUGAGAGGGUCAAAAAGAAGGGCUAUGUGCGCUUGACCACCAAUUUGGGUCCUCUAAAUUUGGAACUCUACUGUGAUCAGACACCCAGAGCUUGCGAUAAUUUUAUAAAACAUUGCGCGGAUGGCUAUUACAAUGGCGUACAUUUCCAUCGAUCCAUUAGGAACUUUAUUGUACAAGGUGGAGAUCCCACUGGUACGGGGUCAGGCGGGGAAUCCAUAUGGAAAAAACAAUUUGAAGAUGAAUUCAAACCCAAUCUUACACACACAGGACGAGGCGUUCUUUCCAUGGCCAAUGCGGGACCCAAUACAAAUGGAUCUCAAUUCUUCAUUACUUAUCGAUCCUGUAAGCAUUUGGAUGGCAAACACACAAUUUUUGGUAAACUGGUUGGGGGUUUGGACACCUUGCAGAAAAUGGAAAUCAUUGAAGUGGAUAACAAAGAUCGACCCAUUGAGGAUAUUAUUAUAGAAAAAACGGAAGUGUUUGUCAAUCCGUUUGCAGAAGCUGUCGAACAGUUGGCCAAAGAGCGAGCUGCAGAGGCAAUCCUCAAAGAGGAACAGGCUGAAAAAAAGGCAGAACAAAAGCGAAAGCUGAAUGAACCCUUGAAAGUGUAUCGCGAGGGUGUAGGAAAAUAUCUGAAAUUGAGUAAUCCUGCUCUGGGUAAACAAAAGCCCCAGCCCGAUCUAUUACCAUCGUCUACUAAUGCCAAGAAAAAGAAAACGGGAUUUGGUGACUUUUCCAGUUGGUAAAGACAUUCAUCAAUUAAUUUUAUAUAAAUAAAUUUUAUUUUAUAUCUUCA